AUGAGUAUGGUGGGUUUAACUCUACCAGCAAAACUCAACCGAAUUAUUUCAAUUGCAAAACAUGUCGAUCCUCAAGUUUCAUUCGGUGGUGUAAACAUUAUCUUCUUUGGUGAUUACUUACAAUAUCGACCUGUAUAUGAUACACUAUUACACAUUGAUUUUUCAUUACCAUCCAAAGAGAAAUUGGGUAAACUACCCACAGAAAAAGAAAUUCAACAAUGUGUUGCAAGUUCUUUAAUUCUUCAAACUAACUGUGUGGUAAAACUUACUCAACAGAUGCGCACGGAACAUUUACGGUACCUUCAGCUACUCGAAUGUCUCCAUCAUGGACAAUGUAAUUAUGACGACUAUGAAUUAUUGCUGACACGAGUAGUUGGGCAACCAUCAGUAGGCUCUCUCUGUGAUUCACCAUGGAAUAAAGCUCCGAUCCUUGUGUUCCGAAAUGAAGUACGGACACAAUUGAACAACAAGCCAGCAAUUCACAAUGCAGCUCAAUUAGGCCACGUCCCAAUAGUAUGCGUCGCUCAAGACACUUGUAAUGGCAAACCAGUUGAAGAUCCUAUCCUUAUAAAAAAAUUAUUGGAAUUAUCUGAUAGCAAGACAGAGCAUUUACCUGGUUUAUUACCUUUUGUUCCUGGAAUGCCUGUUAUUUUAACACAAAGCAUUGCUAUUGAACUUGGUCUUAUUAAUGGUAUUAAUGGAAUCUUUCGACAAUUAGUCUAUCAGGCAGAUUCUGUAUCAACAGAUGUUUUAUCGGAAAUAUUUCCAAAAAAUACACAGUACAUCCAUCGACCAUUACAUGCAUUAAUAGAAAUUGCCAAAUCAAAAAUUGAAUCCAAUCUUGAAGAACUUCAACCAAAACUUGUCCCAAUACCAAUGAAUAAAAAUUCUACGAGUGAUGAUGCUAUCUCAGUUGAGAAUUCACCUGCUGCACAACAUCCUCAUGUUGACAAUGAGCAACGUGAAAACUCAACGCAAAAUGAAUUUAAUUCAGCAGAAUGUGCCACUGCUACUAAUACAACAAAGAAGUGGUCAAUGACUCCGACACCUUUAGAAUUUUCGCAUUGGUCGCGACAUCGAUCUUCAAUUGGUGCAGGUACAUUUGCUGUAUUCACAAUUAUAGCAAUGAGUAUUGGUAUAUUGACUGUUUGUUUCACUUCACCAAAAGCUACUGUUCAAAAAUGUGAGCUCAAAUUCAAACCAACGACUCAAAAACCAGUUGAAUACAAGUAUGGCCCACGAUCUGUUGCCGCUGGUGAUUUCGACAAUGACACAUGUUUGGAUAUGGUUAUUGCUCAUCAUAUAGCAAACACGAUAACUGUUUAUCUUGGAUAUGGUAAUGGCACUUUUAAAAGUCCAAUUCCAUAUUCAACUGGUUCCUACUCAAGUCCUUACAUGGUCACAGUUGGUUAUUUCAACAAUGAUUCUUACUUGGAUAUUGCAGUAGCAAAUUUUGGCACUAACAAUAUCGUUAUCUUUCAUGGAUUUGGCGAUGGGUCUUUCGUAAAUCAAACAGAACUUUCAACAGGCUCCUUUCGCCCAAUAGCGAUUAUCGGUGCUCAUUUCAACAAUGACACACUACUUGAUAUUGCCAUAGCCAAUUACGGAAACCACAGUAUUAGUAUACUCUACCAAUAUGGAAAUGGAAGUUUUUCGCUUCCAAUUACAUAUCCGACAGGUUACGAUUCCUUUCCAUCCUCAAUAGCUGCUGGAGAUUUCAAUAAUGACAAAUAUUUAGACCUCGCCAUUGCCAAUUAUGGCACUAACAAUAUUGUGAUACUUUUUGGAAAUAGCAACAGCACUUUUACAAAGCAAAUUACCAUCUCAAUUGGCAUUGAUUCUCAACCAUACUCCAUUGCCGCUGGUGAUUUCAAUGCAGACAACUUUCUCGAUAUCGCUAUCGCUAAUUCUAGAAGUCAUGAAGUAGGUGUGCUCCUAAAUAAUGGUAAUGAAACUUUCGCUAAACAAGUCAACUAUUCCAUCAAUUCUGCUUCUCCAAUUGCCAUUUCGGUAGGAGACUUCAAUCAAGAUAAUCGAUUGGACAUAAUCACCACGAAUCAAGGCGCUGGCAAUAUAGCCAUACUUCUUGGAUAUGGGAACGGCAAAUUUGCAAAUUCAAUUAUGUAUUCAACCGGAUCUUCUUCUUCGAUUUCAGUUGCCGUAGGUCAUUUCAACAAGGACCACCGAUUAGAUAUUGUCGUUGUAAACAAUGAUACUGGUGCCAUUGAUAUUCUUGUUGGAUGUUACGAAGGCUUUCAAAAUCAAAUAAGAUAUUCAGCUGGCUCUUCUCCACGAUCUGUAUCUAUUGGUGAUGUUAACAACGACACUCGACUAGAUAUCAUUGUCGCCAAUAGGGGUAGCAAUGAUGUGAGUAUCCUUCUUGGAUAUGGAAACGGUUCUUUUGAAAACCAAACAAGAUAUUCAGUUGGCUCUUAUCCAACAUCUGUAGCUAUUGGUGAUGUUAACAAUGACACUCGACUAGAUAUCGUUGUCACCAAUUGGGAUAGCAAUGAUGUGAGUGUCCUUCUUGGAUAUGGAAAUGGUUCUUUUGAAAAUCAAACAAGGUAUUCAGUUGGCUCUUAUCCACAAUCUGUAGCUAUUGGUGAUGUCAACAAUGACACUCGACUAGAUAUCGUUGUCGUCAAUUCGCAGAACAAUGAUGUGAGUAUCCUUGUUGGAUAUGGAAAUGGUUCUUUUGAAAAUCAAACAAGGUAUUCAGUUGGCUCUUCUCCACAAUCUGUAUCUAUUGGUGAUGUCAACAAUGACACUCGACUAGAUAUCGUUGUCGCCAAUUGGUAUAGCAAUGAUGUGAGUGUCAUUCUUGGAUAUGGGAAUGGUUCUUUUGAAACUCAAACAAGAUAUUCAGUUGGCUCUUCUCCAGUAUCUGCAUCUAUUGGUGAUGUCAACAAUGAUAAUCGACUAGAUAUCGUUGUCGCCAAUUCGAAUAGCAAUGAUGUGAGUGUCCUUCUUGGAUAUGGAAACGGUUCUUUCGAAAAUCAAAAAAGUUAUUUAGUUGGCUCUAAUCCAUCAUCUGUAUCUAUUGGUGAUGUCAACAACGACACUCGACUAGAUAUCGUCGUCGCUAAUUGGGAUAGCGAUGAUGUGAGUGUCCUUCUUGGAUAUAGGAAUGGUUCUUUUGAAACUCAAACAAGGUACUCAGUUGGCUCUUCUUCAUCAUCUGUAUCUAUUGGUGAUAUCAACAACGACACUCGACUAGAUAUCGUUGUCGCCAAUCUGAAAAGCAAUGAUGUGAGUGUCCUGCUGCAAUAUAACAGAGGAGCAAUUACAUAUGAAAUGAGCUUGGCACCUAGCGAUGGUUCUAGCCUACGAUGUGUAGUCAUUGGUGAUUUGAACAAUGACAAUAAUCUGGAUAUCGUCUUAGCUAAUUACGGCACUAAUAAUUUAGGUGUUCUUUUUGGAUACGGGAAUGGUAGUUUUGAAAAUCAAAUGAUGCUCAGCACUGGCAUGAAUUCUCAUCCGAUUUCUAUCGCAGUUGGAGACUUCAAUGGUGACCGUGAAGUGGAUAUUGCUGUGGCCAAUCAUGGUACAAAGCAUGUAGAUAUGAUGCUUGGAAAUGGACAGGGAAAAUUUGCAAUUCAAAUAAGGUAUGAAAUUGGCUUUGAUACACCUCCGUUAGUUAUGGCUUCUGGCGAUUUUAAUAAUGAUGCACGAUCGGAGAUUGCUGUCGCUUACGAUGGACGUGAUCAUGUGGAUAUUUUUGUUGCGUAUAAUCAUGGUUCUUUUGAAAAUCAAACAAGGUAUUCAGUUGGUUCUUAUCCAUCAUCUGUAGCUAUUGGUGAUGUCAACAAUGACACUCGACUAGAUAUCGUUGUCGCCAAUUUUUGGAACAAUGAUGUGAGUGUCCUUCUUGGAUAUGGAAACGGUUCUUUUGAAAAUCAAACAAAGUAUUCAGCUGGCUCUUAUCCACAAUGUGUAGCUAUUGGUGAUGUCAACAACGACACUCGAUUAGAUAUCGUUGUCGUCAAUGCGGAUAGCAAUGAUGUGAGUGUCCUUCUUGGAUAUGGAAACGGUUCUUUUGAAAAUCAAGCAAGGUAUUCAGCUGGCUCUUAUCCAUCAUCUGUAGCUAUUGGUGAUGUUAACAAUGACACUCGAUUAGAUAUCGUUGUCGCCAAUUGGUAUAGCAAUGAUGUGAGUGUCCUUCUUGGAUAUGGAAACGGUUCUUUUGAAAAUCAAACAAGGUAUUCAGUUGGCUCUUCUCCAUAUUCUGUAGCUAUUGGAGAUGUCAACAAUGACACUCGACUAGAUAUCGUUGUCGCCAAUUCGGGUAGCAAUGAUGUAAGUGUCCUUCUUGGAUAUGGAAACGGUUCUCUUGAAAAUCAAACAAAGUAUUCAGUUGGCUCUAAUCCAUCAUCUGUAGCUAUUGGUGAUGUCAACAAUGACACUCGACUAGAUAUCGUUGUUGCCAAUGGGAACAGUUAUGAUUAA